AUGACACCCAACCGCGACCGCCCUGGCAGUGUCACGACCAAACCAACUUCGCCACUGCCGUCCACCCUUGAAUGUCUGUGCCACAGCUAUCCCGAUUCCAUCGCAACAUCAAGCCCAAACUUAUUACUCCAACCCGACUCCGGACUGAAUCGUCCCCUCUUAAGUAUAUCGGCAAUUGACAGACUCCGACCACAUACCCCUGCCAUGCUCCCAACUACUGAACUGAAAUUCGAGCCCGAUUCACCAACUUUUGCAGGGCAAGACCGCCUACGAUUUUUUGGCAAAUUCAUACCAGUUAGUAAAGUCCGUCAAUAUUUCAGACUUCCCAACGGCCAAACCCCACAAUCCAGCAAAAGUUAUGCCAGCUUGUCCGGCGUUUGGAGCCAAGGCAAGAAGAUCUUUCCGGUCAACCUCAUUGCAAACAACCACUCCAACACCCCUCUGACGGAAGGACAACUUUACGUAAUUGAAGGAGAAAUACGCGGGAUCAACUUCAUGCGCGUCCCCAAGUUGACCUGGACAGCUGGCGACGAGAGAAAUUUGAAUGUUGACAAACAUCCAUCUGAAUGGCAACGUGUCCGCGUCUCCGGCCUCAGUACAAUAAUCAAAGUUCGAACCAAAGCCGCUUGGCCGGAAAGCAAUGGCACCCUGAUUAGCAUCAGCGUUGAACACACGGGCGAGUUGGACGAAGGUGGAGUCUUUCGAGUCCAAUGUGUCUUAGGCUUAAGCAACAACGAGUUCCCUCGCGGCACGACAUUAUUUCCGGGAGGUAAGAUCAAAUACAAAGGGUUCCUCGAUGGCUUCGGCAGGACAUCACGACGGAUGAUUGUCGAGGUCACUCACGCCACGUUCGCUUCUGACAACGUACUCUUCACUGACUCCGACAAAACCGCCAGCUCACUCAACAAUGACUUCUGA